GUCAGGAUGAGCGCGGUCAACGCCACGCUUCUUGCUGAUGGCUACUGGGGCCCCCCGACGAGCAGCGUCGACUGGUGCGAAGACAACUACGUCUGGUCUUACUACAUUGCAGAGUGGUGGAACUCGUGGAGCAACGUUCCGCCGCUGCUGCUUGCACUCUACGCCCUCUACAAGUCGCGCCUCGCGUACGCCAACCACGCACAGCCAGCGAUCAUUCGCUUCGCCUACAUUGUACCUCUGGUCAUCUUUUCUGGCUCGUUCGCCUUCCACUCGACGCUCACGUACGCAGGCCAGCUCCUCGACGAACUCCCCAUGAUGUACGGAACCCUCUUCUUUCACUACAUCAGCCUCCGGUACCAUCCAACGAUGAAGUGGGUGCUCAUCGCCUUUGCCGUCGGCCUCACGAUCGCUCUCUCCAUCGUCGGCCACGCUCCCCUCGCAUUCCAAUUUGCCUACGGCUUUCUGACAGUCGCGCUCGUCGUGCGAAGCAUCGUCCUGCACCGACAGCACAAGGACGUGAGCGAGACGCGGCUCUUGCAGCUCGGCGCGCUCUUGUACGCGGGAGGGUUUGUACUCUGGAUCGCCGACCAAGCGUUUUGUCCGUCGGCCAAGCAGCUGCACUUGCACGCGAUCUGGCAUCUCCUCUCGGGGGCCGGGACGUUUAUGUGGAUCCAGUUUGCGUGCGCAUACGAGCUGAGCAUGCACGAAGAGCGUCUUCGCGUCCGCAAGAUCGCGUGCAUCUUGCCCUACUGCGUCCGAUCGAGUGCGCCGGCAAGCACGCCCACCACAACGCCACAGGUGGCCUUCGUAUCGAGGGCAUCCGACCACGUCGACACACUUUAACAUGUCGUACAAGUCUGCAAUACGAUCUGACGUUAUUGCUGGGACGAAGCACGUGAAACAUCACCG